ACACAUAUUAAUGGAAUAACUGUGACCUUUAAUCUUCCUGUGACCUACGGCCUUUAAGAUGGACGAACCCCAGCAGGAGAUAUGACACUUUCUUACAUUGAACAUUUUGAAGUUGUAAGCAUAAUGCCCUCUCCCUGAAUAUAUAAGACUGGUGAGAGAACGGUCACAGCAUUCGUUAGCUGAGAGUAGAUCAGUCAAAGACGACUGAACUAAACAUUGUAGAUACCAUGAUCUCCGUCUACUCUGUCCUGUAUACUCUGGUGCUGUUCUCUGAGCUGAACAGGCACCUGGUCACUGUAGCAUUGCCUGCAACCAAAGUAGAAGACGGCGCAACAGAGCAAGAUGGCCAGUUCCUGGGGUACGAGCCCAUGAAUGAGCUCGAUGUGGGUCCCCCCUCAUACAGACGAAACCUUGUGAUGGACGCCAUCGACCGGGAUGAAGAUGGAAACCCUAAAAUCCUCAUCGUCUCAGACAUGGGGCUGAAAGGACACAGUAUUCGUGGGCUGAACUCCGCCUUCUCCCGGAGCCUUCCUCUGCUCACAGACCGAAGCUUGAGCCACACUCCCUCUGAGCACAGUUUGAAAAUUGAUCGCCGAAACACUGACCUCGACAUGCUGCGGUGUAUGAUAGGAAGAGUGUACCGACCUUGCUGGGAUGCAUAAAUAUUCUCCCGUGUUGCUGUCCUGCCCUGAAUGUGCUGUAAAAAUUUCUUCCUUGUAUAUGUGUUACGCUGAAAUGUAUUUCCUUGUCGAAAUGAGAGUUGACAAAUAUGUAAAACCAAAUAAAAGUUUAUUAAA